UUCGCCGCCCUCCCAUUGGCUGCGCAGACGAUCUAGCAGUCUUCAUUGGCUCCGAAUUCUCUGGCUCCGAGCCGGCCUCCCCGCUGCGUUAAAGGGGCCGCCGACAAGCCUGUGUGAUUGGGGCCGGUGAAGAAGGUGGCUGCAAGGGAAGCUACCUCGGUGGCCAGCGUCGGACGAGGCGGCCAGAUGUUUUUAAGAACUCCCUGCGCCUGGGCAAGCUCUCAGCUCUCCUGGUGACCUAUGCGGCCAGUGCCCUCCUGCACGGCUUCAGUUUCCACUUGGGGGCCGUGCUGCUCACCCUGGCCUUCAUCACGUAUGUGGAACACGUGCUCCGGAAGCGGCUAGCGACCAUCUUCAACGCUUGUGUGCUCUCUAAGCGCUGCCCCCCAGACUGUGCACACCGACACCGCACGGGUCUGGGCGUGCAAGCACUGAACCUGUUCUUCAGGGCCCUGGCUGUCUUUCACUUGGCCUAUCUGGGCUCCCUCUUUGACGUCGACACUGACGACGCUACUGAGGAGCAGGGCUACGGCAUGUCCCACACCGUCCGCAAGUGGUCUGAGCUCGGCUGGGCCAGUCAUUGGCUGACUUUCAGCUGCUGGAUCUUCUAUCGCCUCAUCAGCUGAGGGCCUCUCCCACCUCUCCUUCUCUUUCUUCCCCCUUGUGGGUCCUCAACACCUGCCCUGGGCAUAAGGUGGAGUCCUGGCCACUGCGGCCCCCCCUCCCCCAAAGGGGCUCUAGGGAUUCGGGGGGGGGGAAGGGCUCAUUGGCGGGCAGGACCCCGAGACCAUGUCUUCCACUCCUACAUUCUGCUAGAAAAUUCCCCUUUUUUAUAAAUGGUUUGUUAUUGUCAGAUAAAACUAGGUAAGGCACACGUG